GAUAUCAAAGAGUUUCUAGCCUUCCGAAGAAGCAAACCAAACAAAUAUUUCACCAUGUUCAAAUACGCUGUCGUCGUUCUCGCUCUCGUUGCCUGCGCUGCUGCCAAGCCUGGACUCCUGGGUGCUCCCCUUGCUUACACUGCUCCUCUGGCUUACUCUGCUCCUGCUGCCGUGGUAGCUGCUCCCGCUCCAGUUGUGACCGCAACCAGUAGCCAGGUCAUCGCCAGGAAUUACAAUGGAAUCGCCGCUGCUCCUGUGAUUGCUCCCGUUGCUGCUCCUCUGGCUGCUCCUGUGGUGGCGAAGUACGCGGCUACUCCUCUGGCUGCACCACUGGCCUACUCCUCUCCUUUGGCUUACUCCGCACCACUGAGCUACGCCGCUGCUUCAGGACCGCUCCUUAUCUAAAUUACUAAGCUGUGAUCACAUCGGAGACAACGAUAAUAAAUGGAGAUAUAAUAAGACGUUAUUCAAUUGUAUAUUUUUUAAAUACGCUUUAAAAACGCACGAAGAUGAUUCCUCGAUAAUUUCCCAGCAUUUAUGAACAAUUAUUCCGAGAAUGCACACUAGCGCCACCCAACGACUGAAACAUUUCUUAAUCACAGCCCUAUAAUAUGUUGAAUCUAACUACAAAAAAUCCGAACUUCCGAGCUUUUAAGAUCCCCAGAUCUUAGACGGUCAAAGAUUCCACUUAAUUUCUUUUUGUGCGAAAGCACUUUAUUCAACGUUUUACAUAAUUUUUAUAGAAUCCAAUAAGGC